GAUAUAAAACCAAUUUUACAGUUAUAUUGAUGCUAACUUUGUAAAACUCUGCCCUAUUUUGGCUAAUUUUUAUUACUUUUUUCUACGAAAAUAUUUUACGGUACAUGCAAGGACAUGGUUUGGGUUGUUUUAUCUUCCAUUUCUAAUGAUGUGUUGACUUUUCUCUUUUUGUUCGACGAUAUUCUUUAAUAAUAAUGAGAUUACGCCUUGGUUCCUUGCUCUAUUUAUGUCUCAGUGGGAUGCUAUUCCUUCUGCUUUAUACCCUUUACAAAUCUGGAACAUUCUGUCCCGAGGAGCCAUUGCUAAUCCGUCCACACGGCCAUAGCAUCGACGACAUUUCGAUUAAACAACAUCACCGUGAGAGAGACCUACAGCAAAUGGAGACAAACUUGAAGGUCUGGGAGAAAAAACUCAAAUUGGUUGAAAAAAAUCUACGGAUUGCAUAUCCUCGGUUGUUCUCCUCGGUUUAUUCUCGGUCGCAUACAAAUCUUCCUUUUAUAUAUGGAGUCACUCCAACAUAUGCAAGGCCAGUGCAAAAGGCUGAACUUGUAAGACUUUGUCAAACGUUCCUUUAUGUGCAAAACUUUCAUUGGAUAAUUGUUGAGGAUUCCCCCCACAAAACACAACUAGUGACAAAUUUUCUUGCAAACUGUGGGGUAAAAUAUACUCAUCUGAGUGCAGAAACCCCAGCUAGUUACAGAUUAGCAGAAAAAGAUCCCAACUGGUUGAAACCAAAGGGGACGUUACAGCGCAACUUUGCGCUGGAUUGGCUCAGGAAAAAUAGGAGUGGUCAGGGUGGUGUGGUGUAUUUUGCGGAUGAUGAUAACACCUACAGUUUGGAAAUCUUCGAAGAGAUGAGAUAUACCAAUAAAGUGUCAUGUUGGCCAGUCGGUCUUGUGGGUGGUCUGAAGUUUGAAAGACCAAUCACAAAAAAUGGAAAGGUGGUUUCUUGGUAUACUUUCUGGAAGCCUAACCGUCCGUUCCCCAUGGAUAUGGCUGGCUUUGCUAUCAAUCUCCAAGUCCUUCUUGACAUUCCCGAAGCUAAGUUUGACCUCAGAGUACAACGAGGCUAUCAGGAAACUUCACUGCUCAAGAAAAUUAUCACAAUGGAGGAACUUGAGCCAAAGGCAGACAGUUGUACAAAGGUACUAGUCUGGCACACACGGACAGAAAAAGCCAAACUUAAGAAUGAGAAGAAACUGCUAGACAUGGGCCGUCCACAGUCUGACCCUAGUAUAGAGGUGUGAAAAGAUCUGAUUGCAUAAUUGUACUGAAACACCCUGGAGAAUCAAUUCCCCAGUUCGAGCAGUUUUUCUAACUUAAUUGCAAGGCUGGCCUGUCCUGGGACAGGUUGGUUUAGUAAAUUUACAAAUACCCAAGAUUAAGAUUAGAUUUUCGGUCAGUUGGGGAACUGAUUCUGCAGAGUGUGAAAGGAAUUUUGUUCCAUGUGCAGCUGAGAAAUGUUUGUUUUGUGUAGUGAAAUUUUAGUUUUACAUCAACCUUUUUGUUGGCUAAGUCGUAUGAAUGUCAGAAAAAUCAAAAAUUAUGCAAUUCCUGGAAAAUCUAAUUUAUAGUGAAUAAUUAAUCAUGGAAGAUUUUGAAAAUCAAAUCUAAUCGGUUAAAGAUUUAUAAAGCUCUCUUGCUAAGUAAGUUCUUUGUCUAUUCAAUUUUCACCGCUUUUUCCUCUCCUUGUUUAAAGGUUUUCUGUAUUCUAAAUAACAAAAUUUUCAUACGGAUGAUUCUCCAUGACAAGCUAAUUGGUUAUCUACUACUAAGCGUGUGAUGUUUCUCUUGAUGAUAUCUUAAAUACUCUUGAUGUAUUAUCUAAUGCUGUUAUCUUGUCUUAUAUAUAAAUGUAUAAUCAUUGUUAAAGGUGAAUAUAUAUAUGACUGUUGAACUUAUGUAUCUCAUGCACUAAAAGUGCUUCUGUCCUAAAAGAAAUAUAUUUUUGUACUCAGCACGGGUGUAUAUGUUAUAAAUAUCAAAAAUGUAAA